GCGUUCUUUGAGAUUCAAGGUCGCAUGAUUGAGCUCACUGCGAAACUGAAGCAGGUGCAGACGCAGAUGAGGAACAAAGAAGGAGAAAAGAAGCGUGCUUUUCUAACCCUGGAGGAGCUGCGGCCUUUAUCUGACGAUGCAAAUACUUACAAAUCUAUAGGGAGAACGUUUGUUUUAGAGCCCAAGUCAGUGUUGGUGAAUGAACAGGAACAGAAGCUCAAGGACAGUGAGAGUGCAAUUACCUCACUGCAGAUCUCAAAGGAAUAUAUUGAGAAACAGGUUGCAGAGGUGGAGAACAACUUGAGGGAGCUGUUGAACCAAGAUCCAGGUCUUGCUCGUCAGAUAAUGUCCAUGAGUGUAGCAUUUGUCGAAACUUUCAGUUUCAUCAUUGUACCUGCAUGGCCCUCCAGAUUUGAUCAUCCAUGUACAAUGCUUGCAAUCGUCCCUGUUGUGUAUGAAAAUGUCAAACCAAUGAAAUUGGUCAGACCAUUUGAAGCUGCAGUAGAAUUUGGUGCUCCUCCAAUAGUUUGGUCUGAAAUGAAACUGGAAGUUGUCUUCAUGGUGGAGAUUGUGCAACCCUAUAUCAUCAUUCUUAGAUCUACAAUGAACGUUCAGAUCCAUCUGUGGGCCCAAAGCGUUGAUAAUUUUAACGUCCGUUGA